CCGUCUUGAGACAGAGACUGCCAAGAACACAUCCUCUCCUGCUCCACGAUGUCCUGGAACUGCCUCUGCGGCAAGGAGAAGAAGCGACCACAAAUAAGUGCCCCGAUUUUAAAUGACGAACAGCAGAAGUUGCAACUGCUGCCGAGCACAAAAGCGCAGCAUCAGCAAUUAAAAGUUAUCAGGACUGAGCAUCUGGAACGGAAGCUUAUCCCACCUACUGAUGGUAUCGCCCAGAGAGACAUCAACAGCAACAGAACCACCGCGAGCAACAACAAUCAGGCGCGCAAGGGGCAAAAUGUGCGGCUCCUGGGGCGCGCCGCGGUCAGGAUUCAGCCCAGGGAGGCGGCGGAGGAAGGGCCGCUGACGCGUCAAUUGGCCACGGUGAAGUUCUCCUUCGAGGACGAGACGGCGAAGAAACCGACGGCACAUCUGCACGACAAUGGGAAUUACGACGAAUUGCCACUCAUUCAGCUCGAGGAUUUGCAGCCACGUGGAGUGCAAGGGAUUCCCAAGAGUGCCGACAGUUUCCCCUUCGUUGACGAAGAGCAGCAGUCGUCACAGUCCAAGAAGGCGAACUUCCACGAUGAGCGAUUUAUCACGCUGCAUCCGCAGAACGUGGGAUCGCUGGGCCAGAAGAUUCCGCAUCCAGCGGCUCCGGAGGAGGAGGAGAAAUUCGACAAAUCCGCCCAGUUGCUGUACCAACAGAGUGACGACGCACCGAUCAUCAUCCACAGGUUCGUGCGAGUGGAGAUCCUGCAGGGGACGCUGUGUCAAGUGUGUCACAGCGUCCUCAAGGCGAAGAGCUCCAUCCGCUGCGUGAGCUGCAAUCUCACCUGCCAUGAGUACUGCUCGGACAAGCCAAUGACACGAUACUCUGACACAACCCUCUUGAUUCACGAUGAAUGGAUCCGUGGUCAUGAGAAGGUGGCAUUUCCCACUGUCUAUGCCUUCCUCUAUCGCCAUGAGGCGGCCGGAGAGGGCGAAGCUGGUGAUGAUGUGCAUCCGAAUGGGAUUCUGCAGCAGCAGGAGGAGAAAUUUAUGAGGAUUCGCGGCCAGAAGGUGGGAUACAAAUACAACAAUCGUGACAUCAGGCGACCGAAUGGCCUGAGCAGAAAGAGGAGGAGCAGAGAGAUUGCGGAGAAGCGAUCGAGCAGGAAAAGUGUUGAAUUGCGAAUUGUAGAGAAUGAUGGACCACAAGAGCCGACGACGAAGACUCUGGCCAUCGAGGAGCCUCAAGAGAGGCCAGCUGAAGUGGAGGCUGUCCAGGAAACACCCUCAAGUGAUCCACAAGAGCGACAAGAUGAUGCCCAGAGGAGCACAGAAGAGAGAGAAGCCAGUGAGGAGAAAGUUCAAGUUCAAAUAAGUGCCGAUGUCCAUUCAGUACCUGCCACGGAUAUCAAUGAGAACACCGUUCUCGAGGAUAAUAAGAAGGAGAUUGUCCGCGAUGUUGCCAGUGAGAUUCAAGUGGAUCAGCCAGAAGUCUCACGAGAGGAGAAGGAGGAGGAGAGCAAAGUGGAUGAUGCCGAGGAAAAGUCACCCGUACCUGAGCCUGAUGAGAUUCUGGCCAUCGUGGAGCCUCUCGAUGAGUGUGAGAUUCGAGUGAAAGCCAAAGAUGCCGACAGUGGAAGUCCGCAGAGUCUGAGGCACAUUUCCCGGACGUCCAGCAUGAGCAGUCGCAGCGGGGCGCGGAGUCCCAUUCCCGGAACUGUGAUAGGUGUACCCAUUCGUCGCAAGCAAUACACAUCAAUUUCCGAGACCUCUUUCGACGAUCCCACGUCGUCGAGCUACGAUGAAUCCGAUGAGCCCGAUUAUGCCAAAGUGGAGCGCACUGGGAAGAACCACGAAAGCCAACCAAUUAUUCCAAAGUCGCAGUCGUUCCCGACAACGCUUCAGCCGAAGAAAUCCUCAACCAUCAGCCAAGCGACAGAGACGCUGCGCCUUCAUUAUGUCACGGAACGAAUUUUGGCAUCAGUUCUGCCACCCAGAACGUCCUCCGCGGAUCAUCGGCCACACAGUGAGAACAGCGUCGUGGCGGGCUUCGAGGAGGAUGAGUACGAGAGGGAGUUAAUAACAAUGUUGGAGCAGAAGCACAACAAGAACUAUCAGAUGUUCGACCUGGAAUCGUGCAUAGCGACAAUUUCGCUGGAGAAGCUCUGCGAGCUGUGCAAGCACAUCGACGCCUGGUUGGGCGGUGGACGGGAGAAAGUCGUGGUGCUGCAGGACAGGGGUGACCGACAGCGCUUGGGAGCGGCGAUUGCAGCCUAUUUGGAGUAUCAGAAAAUCUGCGGCAGCAACUUUCCCAGUCGCUCGCUGAGUGAAGAUCAGAGGAUAGCGCGCAAAUGGCUCGAUCUCGACAUCUACUCCAUGCAGAAGUUCAUGGAGGACGUCGUGGGACCAUUGCGCGUUCCGUCUCAUCGGCGCUACCUUCAGUACUUCUCUGGUCUGUUGUCGGGCGGCAUCAGGAUGAACUCAUCGCCACUAUACCUCAAGUAUGUCUCUCUGGAAUCACCGCCGUCGUGGCUGCACUACAGCAGCUUCGCGUCGCAGAAUGCCGAGUGGCGGUGCUUCGUGAAGGUCUACGAGGGCCUGAAGUGUGUCUUCACGUCGGACAUCCAUGUGAUUCCCUUCGCCACGCGUCAAUUCAUCUUCCAAGUGGGUCACUUGCGCCUCCGCGGCGACAUUAUCCUGCGGUGCUACCAAAUUGUGCCUCAGGAGCAUCAGCCCAGCGUUCGUGAGCUGAUGUUCUCCACGCAAUUCCACACUUGCGCCAUCGGCAACAGGGAACUGACCUUCCUGAGGCAUGACCUGGACUAUGCCUGUGACGAUCCACGCUUUCCAGCUGAUCACAAAGUCGUUCUUCACUUCAACAGCGGAUCACCGACCGAGAAUCGGGGCUUCGUAUUCCAGAGUCCGCUGGUUCGCAUCGAACCGGCCAAUGCAUUAGCCAAUUCGGAUAGUCUGGAGAAUAUUAAUGAAGCCGCGGCGAAACAUCUUCAAGGUCCUCUCGAUGGUUCACUGUAUGCCACAAUACUCAAAAGUCCCAAAUCACCGCAACACAGUCCGCCACAGCUGAGUCUUUCAUCCACACCCGCGAAGCCCAUUCGUGCGAGUUCACAGCAAAACCUCAUUUCACCGCCGCCAGAGUUCAGUUCGCCCAAAAUCAUCGUCUCCGCCCAUCACAGCAACACCAGUCAGGCUGUGCGCAACAGCACUCCCGUGCCCAGGAAGGAACCUGUCCACCAGACCAUCCCCAGAGCCUACAGUCAGCCGCCGGCGAGGAAGCCGGGCACGCCGCAGCCACCAGAGAGGCACUCGUCCACGCACGUCGUGCACAACUACCCGCCCAACCAGACGCAAAUCCGAGUGAUCGAGGAGUAUAGGUACAAGACUCAGGACGCGGCCAACGGAGGCGCUCCCGGCAACAGCAGAGCUCCGGUCAACGAACACGAUGGACGAGAGUCCGUCCGCAGUCCUCUGACUCUGUCCAUGGACUCUGGCAUCUCGAGCAGUGGAGUUGUUAACAGACGUGUUCAAGGAUCGAGUGUGUCACCAUCGAGUUUCCCCAGUCAAGCCAGCCCUCAAGACCGCCAUCGUGAGCUGGAUGAUAUCUUAUCUGAUAUGUUGAUGACUGUUCAAGAUAUCCCGGAUAUCAGUGGCAAUAGUGUUAGUCAGCAGCGCGUGAAGAGAGUCCAGCAGGUGCCCUACAGUACGUCCACAGUGAAGCGCUCGCCGUCCGCGAACAGACCAGGCGACAGUGUCACUACGAAGGUGCCCAGUGGCGGCGAUCCGUACGACACCGCGAGCACAGCCACCACGCUAACGCCUCCACCCAGCGAGAGUGGCCGAGAGACACCCAUAAUCGUCAGCGGCAAACGAAGUGUGGAUCUCGAGACUCAGAGCGAUAGCGCACUCGUCAUGAAUUUGCACAGUCAGUCGUUUACGUAUCCGCAGCCGCAGCACACGGUCGAGCUGAUCUCGGUGACUUCGGACGAGGACGGCGAGAAUAUACCCUAUCACGCGCGUGAGGACUCACGACCCUUCACCUACGGCAACGUGAGCCAACAGGGCCCGCAGAGUCCGCCCGCGUCAGUCAUGCUGAAAAUGCAGUCUGGGUUGAGCAGCCCGUCGCUGGUGAGGAAGCAGCUCAACCAGCAGGGUCACCGCAAGACGCCCAUCCGGAAUGAUUUCGAGGAGAUGCUGAGGGAGCGCCGCGAGAAGGUGAGCGGCGAGAAGUACUCAAUCAGCGAUCGCACGCCCAACGGCGGCACGAUGAGGUCCUACCAUACGACCUCCACCAGUCCUGGCGGCUACACCACCACCGAGACACGGUGGUACAGCAACGGCUACCACGAGCCCCUCAAGAGGUCCAACACGAUGGACGGAGGCUUCGGCAGGAGCACCAGCAGCGAAGGGCUCACUGGACAAUCGUGGCUUCAGCUGCAGCAGCAGAAGUUGCGCGCGAGGAAUGAGCAGCGGAUGCGAGAUGAGAGGGAUGUGUUCGACAGGAGGAUCCACACGGAGAUCACGGGAAGGCCGUACAGAUCGCGAUCCAGCGCCUCGAAGCGCUACGAUGGCUACACCAGUGACACGACGUUCGCAGACGAGGUGGACUAUCGACGUCCUCUGCACGUGCAGACGCCCACGCGAUCGCUCAAUGAUCGCAACUAUCACACGCUCACGACCACGACGACUACGGUGAAGGAGCGUCCCUUCGUUGCCGUCCGACGGGCUCACGAUCAGGCCAAGCAGCAGACAAUUUCAUCAUCAAAUCCACCAUUGUCUGUGUUGAGUGCGGCACCGCAUGGUCACAUUGCACAAGUUUCACCUCAGGCAUCACAGGCGCGCCAAGAGGAGCAAAAGCAGCAGAACGGACUCUUGCUGCUGGCCAAUGAUGGCACCCCCCGUGCCAACGGACACGCGAGAUUGUCAGAGGGAUCGUCGUCGCCCACGUCUUCAGGCACAAAUCCCAGCAAUUCAAGCAAUUCCAGUGGCGAGAAUCAGGAGACGCAGCAAAUGACAUUGAAUGAUCUACUGGAGAAGCUCAAGUGCGAGACGAAGGAGAUCGAAAGGUUGCAGGAUCAGCGGCGAGAGCUGCACAAUCCGCUGGCCAAUAACUAUAGUGCCACCGUGAAGCGGAAACCCGCUGUGAAUGCGUACAGUCUGAAGGAUGUGAUGGACGAUCUGGAGGAGUUCACGAGUAGUCAUGAGAAGAAGCGACAGAAUCGAUUACCUGGCGAAGCCUUGACGAACGGUCAUGCGCGCGCGGGUUUAACGAAUGGUUCUGAGUCGCCAGCAAUUAGGAAGAUCAAUAGUGAAUCAGAGAAUAGUUCAUCUGUCUCGCCGAGUCUCUCUGAGAGAAGUAAUGGCGUGUCUUGGAGCGAUCAGGUUCGCGAGGAAUCAAUCUCGUCCUACAAUGACGACUUUUCGCCAAUUAGUGGAUCAUCGAGGCCUGAAACUCCUGCUUUUCCGGUCACACCGCGCACGCCGUACUCUUUUGGCGUCAACGGAAACACGAGCCCGGCUUUGCCACCCAAGAGUCCGACAUCACAACGACGAUUUGGCAAUCCUGCGUGGUCUUUGAGAAGUCAAAAAACGUCCGUCUCAACACACGACUGGAGCAAGGACCUCUAUUCUGGCCAUCAAGUUCAUCAUCUCGUGAAUCAGAAUGAUUCGGUGUCAUGCUACACGUCUCGCAGGAACUCCACCACUUCUACUGCCAACAGUGAGCCUCAGGAAGUUGCUCCACAUCACGUCAAAUUCGUUCGCGACUCCUCCAAAUACUGGUACAAGCCCAACAUCACGCGCGAACAGGCAGCUAAUCUCCUUCGUGACGCUGCUCCGGGUACUUUUAUCGUCAGGGACUCCAAAUCCUUCGCCAAUGCCUUCGGUCUGGUGCUGAAAGUGGCCUAUCCGCCGCCGCAUGCGGCCAAGGGUGGCUCUGGAGAUGAAUUGGUGCGUCACUUCCUGGUGGAGCCCACAACUCGUGGUGUUCGUCUCAAAGGAUGCGCCAAUGAGCCAGUGUUCACAUCUCUCUCAGCUCUGGUCUAUCAGCACUCAAUCACACCCUUGGCGCUGCCCUGUCGCCUCAUCAUCCCCGAGAGGGACAUCCAGCAGUCGGAGUAUCCGUCGCCGGCGCAACAGCAGCUACUGCUGCACGGCGCCGCCUGCAAUGUGCUCUUCCUGUGCAGCGUGGAGACGGAGAGCCUCACUGGACCGGAAGCGGUGAGGAAGGCGGUGACUCUGCUGUUCUCUCGGCGACCACUGCCGUCGCCUACGAGAGUGCACUUCAAGGUGACCAACCAGGGAAUCACGCUAACGGACAACACUCGCCAGCUCUUCUUCAGAAAACACUAUCCGAACAUGAGUAUUUCGCACUGCAGUCUGGAUCCGGAUGAGCGUCGCUGGAGUGUUCCGGCAUCAGGAGACAUCCCCGUGGUGAACAAUCGAAUCUUCGCCUUUGUCGCCCGUCGCUCGUCCUCAUCAAUGGACAACGUUUGCCACAUCUUCUGCGAACUGGAACCCACGCAGCCCGCCACGGCGAUCACAUCUUUCGCCAACCAGGCCAUCUUUGGCGGCGUCACGAGCCAACCGGCCAUCUCUCGAGCCAUCUAAAAACGCCUCCUCGCAAGAAACUCUAUCUUAACCUUACAAGAGAUGCGCGCUUAUUCGCAGAAUUAACACACCAGCAGAAGAAGAAACACAUUAAUUGCCUUUCAUUGUAAAUAUAUAUAAUUGAUCCAACCAAGCCCUAACAGAUCUGACUAGGUAAAAAAAAGAAAAGAAAUUGUAUUGCAAUAGAGUAAAAAAUAGAGAGAGAUUGGAAAAGAGACGGCACUUGAAAGUCGUAUGAGGAAUUGGAGUAAAUGAAUGCACAAAAUAAGUGCAUGAAACGAAUUAAAGUGCCAUACCAUUUCAUUUUAGCCACAGAAAAGGGAGGAAAAACAUCUAUUUUCAUAGGAAUCAUUUAACUCUAUAUCUUUACUAAUUUAACGAAAAAAAAAGAAACAAUGUCUACUUUCUGUUCUUUUAUCAUCUGUUUUUGCGCCUCGUGUGAAGCUUGAGUUGUAAUUCUGCAGAAUUACAGCCUUAAGAUGUCCCUCUGUUUCUUCAUUUUGCCCUACUUAAUCGGUCUUUGUACAAAAUUAUGCAAAUCUUUCUUGUCUUUGCGGAAGUGUCUUUCUUUAUCAAAUUUAAAAUAUAUUUCUCUUGAUUUGUUUUAAAUGAAAAAAUAAAAUUCUUUAAAUGUUAAUACAAUACGAACGAAAUGCACGAGCAUUAUUAUUACUUAAAUGUGAAUAUAUAUAAUUUUUUCAAAAUCCUGAGAAAUUUACAAAAAAAAUACAUGAAGAAUUAACAAGAGAAAAUUGUACAUGAGAGAGAAGAGCGAUCAAUUCGUGGAUCAACUGGAAAAAUGCACCGUGCUGCAAUGCAGACACUCUUCUCACUUAUCAAUUGGCGUGAGUGAGAAGAGAUCAUCAGAGACCAACUCUUGAUCGCGCAACUUUGUAAUAAAUAACUAUUGUACACUAAUAUUUAUAACGAAAAGCAUUAUAAUUGCGUAACAAAUUAAUUUAUAAUCAAAUAUACAUAGCGUGCCUGAACGAAAAAAAAGAAUCAAUUUAUGCGGAGAAAUUAACAUUACUGAGAAAAGCAAACACACAAUAUUAUACAUACAAUACAUAACUAGUCUUCAGGAAAAGCAACUGAAUUAUAUGGUUCUAAAAGUCACUUUGAGACCAGCAAAAAUGAUUUUCUUUUGGCAGCUCCAACGGAAGAUAUUAUACAUAGAAGGAUGAUAAAAAUGUAAUAAUUGUAUUAAUAUUGAAAAAGAAAUAUAUAUGUGAAUUUAAUUUA